UCUGCACUGCCAGUAAAACGAAACCGAAAGUAUAAGUUUUAGUACCGCGGCACAGUCGGUCAUACGAGGACAACCGUGAGCGGAAAAUGGCAGGCAACACAGCAACAACAAUCCACAAAGUCGUUGCUUUGGCUUCAGCCGUUUGCGUCGACCUUUGCUUGUUUUACGCAUCGGCUUUGGCAGCGACUCGCAGCGUCUUCGGGCACCUGGCGGCUCUUUGGGUCUCCGCGGCUCUUCGCUGUUUGGCGCUAACUGUGGUCACUCUGUUCAGCCUUGGAGACGUCAAGCCGCUGCUGAUUCGAUUCAUUACGGUGCACAGCGUGCUGCCCGCCGUGUUUGAGACCGGCACCAAAGUGCUGUAUCAUGAGGAGACCCCGUGUGGCCUUUUGGCGGACCUCCGCUGCUGGCUGAUGUGCACCGGAGCGUCGCUGGCUGCUGCGCUGUUCUGGGAAAUCACCAUCCCGGACACCGACGGUGCUGCCGCCGGUGAAGAGACGCAGCAGAAAGCCAGAAAGCUGUUCAUGAGAGUCCUGUACAUGUACAAACCCUACUAUCGCCUGCUGCUCGGGGGGCUCGUGUUCCUGACGCUGGCUGUCGUCUGUGAGAUGUUCAUCCCCUUCUACACUGGGAGAAUCAUUGACAUCCUUGGCAGUCAGUACCAGGCGAAUGAGUUCAUAUCUGCAGUCCUCUUCAUGGGCCUGUACUCUGUGGGAAGCUCUGUGUGUGCAGGCUGCAGAGGGGGUCUCCUGCUUUGUGCCAUCAGUGUGUUCACAUGCAGAGUGAAAGUCAUGCUGUUUGGGGCUUUGACCAAGCAGGAAGUUGGAUUCUUUGAGACUAUAAAAACAGGUGAGAUUACAUCCAGGUUGUCAAAAGACACCACCUUGAUGGGAAGAACAGUGUGCCUGAAUGUCAAUGUGCUGCUGAGGACCUUCAUCAAGACUCUGGGCAUGAUCUACUUUAUGAUGAAUCUGUCAUGGAAGCUGACGUUCCUCGUGUUGCUGGAGACACCUGUCACUGGGCUCAUUCAGAACAUCUACGACACACACUACCAGAGGCUGUCCCUCGCAGUGCAGGACUCCAUGGCUCUGGCCAGUGAGGUGGCGAAUGAGGCAGUGUCCGGUAUUCGUGUGAUACGGAGCUUUAACACAGAAAAACACGAGGCCCGUCGCUAUGACGACCGCUUGAUGGCCAUUCACAAACUCAAGACCCAGCGAGACACAGUCAGGGCUGUUUACCUGCUCGCACGCAGGUUGACAGGGUUGGGCAUGCAGGUCUUCAUGUUGUACUACGGCAGGCUGUUCAUCCAGAGGGGACAGAUGACGACUGGCAAACUGGUUUCCUUCAUCCUCUACCAGUCAGACCUUGGAGACAGCAUCAGGACUCUCACGUACAUCUUCAGCGACAUGCUGAACUCAGUGGGGGCUGCUGGGAAAGUGUUUGAGUACCUGGACAGGAAACCUCAGGUCAGCACCGACGGGAAGCUCAAACCUGAUCAGCUGACAGGACACAUCGACUUCCGCCGUCUGAACUUUGCCUAUCCUCUGUACCCCAACAAAAUAGUGCUGCAGGACUUUUCUUUGGAGCUGAAGUCCGGUCAGAUGACGGCACUGGUGGGUCCGUCUGGACAAGGAAAAAGCACCUGUGUGAGUCUGCUGGAGCGCUUCUAUGAGCCGCAGGAUGGAGAAAUCCUACUGGACAAUGAACCGCUGAAAUCCUACGACCACCGUUUCCUCCACCAGAAGAUUGCAGUGGUGAACCAGGAACCUGUGCUCUUCUCGGGCUCCAUCAGAGAUAACAUCGCCUACGGGCUUCCUGACUGCUCACUGGAUGAGGUCCAAGAAGCAGCACGUAAAGCCAACGCCCACAGCUUCAUCAUGCAGUUGGACAAAGGCUACGAUGCAGAGGUGGGUGAGGGUGGCAGCCAGUUGUCCAAGAGCGAGAGGCAGCGGAUCUGCAUCGCUCGAGCUCUGGUCAGACAGCCUCAGGUCCUCAUUCUGGAUGAAAUCACCAGCUCUCUGGACGCUGAGUCUGAAAGGAAGGUUCAACAGGCCCUGGCUGGUUGUCCCAACCAGACGCUGCUGGUGGUCGCUCACAGGCUGAAGACCAUCGAGAGGGCGGAUCAGAUCGUCGUGGUCGGUGACGGCCGAGUUCAGGAGCGAGGAACUCACCAGGAAUUGAUGGACAGCCGAGGCAGCUACUACAGACUGAGAGAGAAGCUCUUCGCUGAGGGAAGCUCAGCACGGACACAAACUGACGCUUCGUCCUGAUGUGCACCGUGACAGAACUGUUCUGUGUGACUGUGAUGCAUGACAGCAGGCCCAACAGCAGCCAACACGACAGGAUAUAUGAGAGAACAAGCUGGAGUUUAUGUAAAUAUUUUGUGCAAAUAGUGAAAAUGAAAAAAUGUUGAUCAAUUUGUAUGUUUUUUCAGAAAUGUCUGCAUUUCUAAACAUGGUCUAAUAAGCACCUUCACGACGAUAAAAGUAUACAUCUGUUCUUAUUUAUUUUGCAGUUUGUUGAAAUUAAUGUUGACACUGUAAAUUAAUCAAAUUAAAUUUCUAAGUGAUGUUUAGGAUGGAUAUUUCACCAAUGUAUUAUUUUUCUGUUUCAUGUCGUGGUGUUUUCUAAAGAUGAAUAAAGGUACCAUAAAAUGUAA